AAAACCUAUUUUACAGCAGUUUCUAUUGCAUUGACACUGUUAUUUGUGUUAGUUUUGUGUGCUUUGUUGUCCAUGCUUUGUGACACACCAAUUCAGUGCAUUUUUCCAGCAGGGAAAAUUGUGAGAUUGUAGGUCAGGAGGAUGACUGCUCUAGUGUACUGCUCAUUGAUUGUGGUUUUAUUGUGUCUUUGUGGAUACUUAAACGCAACGGAUGCUACUCAAGGACAAACUGCAGUAAAGCCAGGAGAGUGUCCACCCCAAACACCUGGAAGCUCCUGUACCAGGUUAUGUGACUGUGACUCUAACUGUCCUGACAAUGAGAAGUGUUGCAGCAAUGGAUGUGGACGUUACUGUACAUCUCCUUAUACAGUGAAGCCGGGUCAAUGUCCCAAACCAAAGAGCGUUCCAGAAUGUGCUGAAAGCUGUUUCCAUGAUGGCCAGUGUCCUGCUGCACAGAAGUGUUGCCCAACCAUCUGUGGCCAUGUAUGUAGUCAGGGAAGCGGACAGGGACAAGGUCAAGGACAGGGACAAGGUCAGGGAAGCGGGCAGGGUCAGGGUCAAGGACAGGGACAAGGUCAGGGAAGCGGACAGGGUCAGGGACAAGGUCAGGGAAGCGGACAGGGACAGGGACAAGGUCAAGGACAGGGACAAGGUCAGGGACAGGGACAAGGUCAGGGAAGCGGACAGGGACAAGGUCAAGGACAGGGACAAGGUCAGGGAAGCGGACGGGGACAAGGUCAGGGAAUCGGACAGGGACAGGGACAAGGUCAGGGAAUCGGACAGGGACAGGGACAAGGUCAGGGAAGCGGACAGGGACAGGGACAAGGUCAGGGAAGCGGACAGGGACAGGGACAAGGUCAGGGAAGCGGACAGGGACAGGGACAAGGUCAGGGAAUCGGACAGGGACAAGGUCAGGGAAUCGGACAGGGACAAGGUCAGGGAAGCGGACAGGGACAGGGACAAGGUCAGGGAAGCGGACAGGGACAGGGACAAGGUCAGGGAAGCGGACAGGGACAAGGUCAGGGAAGCGGACAGGGACAAGGUCAGGGAAGCGGACAGGGACAAGGUCAGGGACAGGGACAAGGUCAGGGAAGCGGACAGGGACAGGGACAAGGUCAGGGAAUCGGACAGGGACAGGGACAAGGUCAGGGAAUCGGACAGGGACAGGGACAAGGUCAGGGAAUCGGACAGGGACAGGGACAAGGUCAGGGAAGCGGACCG